CGUGGUAAUCGGAGCUCAUUGGAACUUGCUGCUCCUUGAAUGUUGCAGAUGGCUCUGAAGCUGCCAUAGGUCGGAGACUAGGAAAAAAGUGAAGAAAAACAGAAAAAGACCAAAGCUUGGAUUGACAGAUACGUCGAUCUCGCCAUCAUGGAUCCCGUGACGGUCCUCUCAAUGGUAGGAGCAUGCUUGACCAUAGUAACGCGGACUACUAGCGGGACCAACGAACUGGCAACCAAAUUCCAGAACUUGGAGCAAAAAGUCAACCUGAUAAUCGCGCGGCUCAACACCAUCACUGCGACGAUGACGCAGUUGGAAAGGUGGCUGCGCGGCAACCAACACGACAUGACAAGCAACAUGGUCGACGACCUGACGCGUGCUGUAUCGUCAUGUACAAUCGUCGUACGUGAGAUAGAGAACUACGUCGCCAACGUCAAAGGCGGCAGGUUCGGCGGCAGAUUUCGCUACCUCUGGGAUGAAUCGCAGUUCCUGCAAUACCAAAGCGCACUCGACAGCCAGGUCACGGCAUUGGCCCUUUUCCUAAAUGUCAUGUUGCUAAACUCCAAUAUUCAGCGGCAAGCUGUCCUCGAAAACUCGGACACCCGCUAUGCUCUCCAAGAAGCUCAGGACCAGGCAUCAAUGUGUAGCAGCGGCAGCCGUCCGAGUAUCGGCACCAGAGGGUCUCGCAGCAGCAUCAGCUCCAAUGACACUAAUAGUGUUUCUUCGUUUUCAUUUGAUGACGAGCUCAUCGACUCAGAACCAUACCGCGCUGCUUUUCGGCGCAUCAUGUCGAUGCCAAGCCCGAAGAAGGCGAGAGGGACAGGCGAGAGCCCCGCAGAAAGAAGCCCCAGCUAUGUCAUGUCGACAACAUUGCAAGGUUCAAUGGGCAGCUCGUCCCAGCGGAAGAGUUGGGCGACUUCAGCAUCAUCGGUAGCAGUCAGGGAGCUAUGCAUGGCAGCGUCCCUAGGCGACCUGGAGGCAGUACAGAAGUUAGUGAAGGACGUUAAUGUCAAUACUCGCUGUGAGCUGGAGGCCAAGGACAAGCACAGCAUCAAGGGACUGCUGAGCAGUAACAAACUGGAACCCACGGCUCUGCACUAUGCAGCAGCCAAUGAGCACGCUGACGUGGUCAAGACACUCGUCGACAGCGGCGCUGAUGUACACGCGCGCGUAAGGGGAGGGAAGAUGCCACUGCACGUAUCCAAAGGUGCUGCCGUUGCCGUGCUGGUGUCGUUGCGCGCUGACCCAUUGAGCCGCGACGACGCAGGUGCUACGCCGUUGCACUAUCUUGCUGCUGCAGCAGGCGGAAGAAGAGUUGGAGAGCAAGGAGAAGAGGAAGGAGGAGAGCAUCCAAAUGCUGCCGCAGCCCGCAGCCUCGUGGCUGCAAGUCCACUUGCCGCCCACGCCACCACCACGAAACGGCGGCUCACACCCCUCCACAUCGCGUCGCAGCACAACAAUGUUGACGUAACGGCCGUCCUCGUCUCUGCGCGCGCCUACGUCGACGCUGCUGAUACAACAGGCCUCCGCCCACUGCACUGCGCCGCCGAGUACGGCCAUCCCGCCCUUAUCAGCCUGCUCCUCUCCGCGGGCGCCAAUGCCGAACCUUCCGCCGGCAGAGACAUGUGGCGGCCACUGCACCACGCCGCGCACCGCGGGCACGCCGAGGCCGUGACGGCGUUGCUCGGUCCCGCAGCAGGUACCGACGAGGCAGGCGCGAGCAGCAACGCAGGCACACUCAACCUCGAGGCCCCGACCGCAGACCAGCGCCGUGCGCUGCAUUUAGCCGUGAGCAGUGGAUCGGCGAAUACCGUGGACGUGUUGCUGGCCGCCGGUGCAGAUGUUGAGGCCUUGACCGCGCGCCGCGAGCGCUCGCUCCAGUUGGCAUUGCGGCUCUUGCAGAGUGCGCCGACCGCGGCGCCGGACGUGGUGCGCGCGCUACUGCGGCACGGGGCGGACGUAGAGGCAUCACGCGCGCUUGUGGCAGCGUGCGGAGCGGUGGGACCAGCGCUGCAGUUGCUGGAGGCAGGAGCGGCGCCGAAUGGCAGUGGAAAGGAUGGUGAGGCGACGCCGUUGCUGGCAGCGUGCUCGCGUGCGGGGGACGCGUUGGACGUGGUGAGGUUGCUGGUGGGACGUGGGGCGGCGCCGUCGCAUCAAGAUUUCUGCGCCGUGUGGCGAAAUGAGCGGUUGAAGAUGUGGGAGAAGAAGGCGGUGCAUGCGGCGAUGAACGAGGUGGCGAGGGAGGAGCUGCGGCGGGAUGAAGUCGAGUGGUUGAUGGUCGCGCGGUAAUCCGGGAGUUGUAGGUUGUGAUUUAGAUGCGUUGGCUGCACGUGAGGGGGUUUCGGGCAUCUACAGCGUUCCUUUAAUUAAUGUCGUCCUGAUCUAUGGUAUCGUGACCUAUCUUAGAUCUAGGAGGCGGGAUGGGAUGAUUAGCGGACUGGAAAGACAUGUCAGUAUCUCUUAUAAAACCGGGCAUGGCAGACCGCCA